CCAACACGCGUACGACCGAUCACCCACUCUGAAAAACAGAGCAGAAUAAACGAUCGAUCAAAACGCGGAAAACCUCAUCCAAACGGAAUUUGAAAAUUAGAACAAAGAAAAAAAAGUGCGGCAAAAAUAGAACGACAAAUUCGAAUUUUAAAAAUAGAAGUGCAAUCUGAAUUGGGAAAUUUAUUUCUAUUGUUUUUCCAAUUCAGAUUUUUUUUCUUGUUUUUGUUAUUUUGAAGUGACGGAAUUGGGAAAUUUAUUGUUUUUUUGUGAAGUGUUUCGUUAGUUUUGGUACGCAAUGACCCCCGUCGGACUUCUGUUUAAAGUAAACAGUGAGGGCCUGUUUACUUGUCCUGUCAACGCGUCUCCUGUUGACUACGCGAAGAUUUAUCCUGAUCCGGAAUCGGAGAAGGCUAUUAUGGGAUCGGUGGUGUACUGCAUUCAUCACAAAGAAGGAUGCCAGUGGUCCGACGAACUACGCAAAUUGAAGGCGCACCUGAACACGUGCAAGCAUGACGCGGUGCUCUGCGCAGCGCAGUGCGGCGCGAUGAUCCCGCGGGUGCUGAUGCAGGAUCAUCUGCGCUACACCUGUCCGCGCCGUAGAGCUAACUGCGAGCAUUGUCAUAAGGAGUUCUCUGGAAGCGCUUUAGAGGAGCACCAAGGCAACUGUGGCCACGAGCCUGUCUACUGCGAGAACAAGUGCGGAGCUAAGGUUCAGCGCAGACAUACCCAGCAGCACAUUCAGCAGCACUGCAGUAAACGACUCGUGCCUUGCAAGCAUUGCGGACAGAGUUAUACUCAGGACACAGUAUCAGCACACGGCGCAUCAUGUGCCCGCGCCCCCGUGGCGUGCCCGCAGCGCUGCGGCGCGCCCGGCGUGCCGCGCGCCGACCUCGCCGCGCACCUGCGCGACCACGCCGCCGCCGCCGCGGCUGCUGCACUGCCAUGCUCUUUUAGAGACGCUGGAUGUAGAUUUAAGGGAACAAGACAAGCUCUGGAAAAGCAUACAGAAGAAAGUUGCCAACAGCACCUUGCCCUAGUGUCAGCCUUAGCCAGUCGUCAAGCAAGACAGCUGGACUCCCUCCGCGCAGCAGUCGCGCGACUGUCGGUCAACUGCUCCGGAGCUCUCGUGUGGCGCAUCAGCGACUGGGCCGCCAAGAUGGCGGAGGCGAAGUGCAAAGAUGGCGUCGAGCUUGUUUCCCCCGCUUUUUAUACCAGCCAGUAUGGAUAUAAGUUGCAGGCUUCAUUAUUCCUGAACGGCAACGGUGCAGGAGAAGCUACCCACAUGUCGGUCUACAUCAAGAUCCUGCCCGGAGAAUAUGAUGCCCUUCUCCGCUGGCCCUUCGCCCAUACAGUCUCCUUCACCUUAUUCGACCAGAGCUCAAGUCCUGAUAGGGCCUGCAACAUCGUAGAAAGCUUUGUCCCCGACCCCACAUGGAAGAACUUCCAAAGACCCUCAAAGGAACCUGAUGCGUUGGGCUUUGGGUUCCCAAGGUUCGUCUCCCAUGAAAUGCUGAAGAAGAGGAACUUUAUCAAGGAUGAUGUUAUGUUCUUAAGGGUCAAAGUAGACCCUAGUAAGAUUGUAGCUGUUUAGUAGUUUAAGUUUAGCCCAAGUUUGGAUACAGUGUAAAAUGUCAAGACAAAUUAUUUUCAAAAUUUUUGCCAGUUUAGAUUUGAAUCGUAAGAUUGUACAUUUUGUAUUUUGGGAUACAUAGUUUUCAUAUAAGGUUGAAUUAUCAAGUUAAAUAUAAACCUGAAAUAUUUUUCUAAUGUUCAAAUGUAGUACGUAUAUUUUUACAGUGAAAUGAUUAAUCGUAGAGUUUGGGUUAGAUGAAUGUUAAGGUUAGAUUUAACAUAGUUCUAACUUCAGGCUGAAUCCAAGUUAAACUUAAGUUAUUAACACAUUAUGUGUAUUCUAUAGUCAUUAUUUAGUACUAAGUAACUUGAAGUCAUAGUUUUAGCUGUAAAUAGUAUUUUUAUACUUAGAUUAGUUUGUACAUAUUUGUAAAUAUUAGUUUUAGUAUGCGCAUACGCAUUUGUUAUCCUUUCACUAAAGAUCUCUUGAGUUUCAUUGCCGGCAGAAGAACGUAACAAGUUCAGCAUAAUUUCAAAGUAUUUUUGACCUUAUUUCUUUAGCCAUAGUGUACAUAUUUCUUUUUAACGAGACUUGCUUUUCUGUGCCAUAUUUAUUAGGUAUACCUAUUAGCACCAUUUGCAGAUAUUUAGGAUGCUCUACUUAAUUUGAUUUGGCCUUCAAAAAAUAUUGCCUGUAACUUAGACGAUGAGAUUUAUCGAAACUGCUUUCAUCAUGGGAGCUUCUACCUGUCCCACUAAUUGGUUUAAUAUGUUCAGCUUCUACUGACAUAAUAAUCUUUCUAAACAAGCCCCCCGCUCGGUAUCGAUAGGUUUUUAGUAUUUUUAUUUAUCUAACAUACUAAAAUGACUAAUCAAUCCCAACAGAGGAUGAAGACAGUAUUUAUCCGGCAAUAUUAGAGGCCAGAAAAAAUAAAACGAACAGCAAAAAUACACACAUUUUUAUAGUAGCCUGCAAAAAUUGUGUGUAACUAUCCAAAUACGUUCAGAACGCAUUUUUGUUUGCCUUAAGCGAAUAUUAUCGAAGGCUUUUUGAAAAAUGCUUUGGACUUCUCUAUUUUAAAAACUAAGUACGGUCAGAAAAAAAUACUUUGAAAAAUGCUCAUCUUUGUUAUAUCGGCAGAUCUUUGUAUAUAUUUUCUGUUUUUACGAAAAUAAUAAUUUAUAACUUUUUUUGUUGACUAUUUCUGUACAUACUGCCUACGUUGUAGAUAAAAAUCUAUGUUUUACAUAUUAAAAUUAUUAAUAUUUAAUCUAAAAUUCUUAUGUAUUCGUUAAGCUGGAGUUAAACCAAAGUGUUGUGAUUGCUUUGCGUUCAAAAAGAUAAUGGUGUUAUGUACAUUUCCAUUGCAAAGUAUAUCAACUUAAAAACACGGCUAAAGCUGUAUGUAAGUUAUAUAUAUUUAUCUCUAUAGAUAUACAUUUAAGUUUUUGUUCUUGCUCUUUCGUAUACUUCUAUACAUAAUGUACCGCAAAUUUAUUUUUAGUUUGAUCUAAAAGAUUUCUCAAAAUAAUUUUAGUACUAAAUGACGUUAGACAUUUCUGAGUUAACAGCAGUUGUACAGUAUUUUUCUUGAUUUGCAGUUUUUGACUAAACAACCUAUUUUCACAAUAUAACUUCAUUAAUUUGGAUCUCUUCUAAAACGCUUUUAAAAUAAUUUAAUCUCAACUGUAAUAUUACAUUCCAGUAAAAAACAUUAUUUUAAGCCUGGAAGCCAUUCUGUAAUAUUUAUUUUAUUACAACUAGACAUUAGGUGCAAUUGAGAGAACACUCUAAUAAACAAUAAAACUGAAUGAACAGCUAAAUUGUACAAAAAAAUCUCUCAAUUAAUCCUCAUUUCUUUGUACCUUUUUUAAUAAACCGUAGUUUUUCGGCUAGGCUAUUUCGAAUAUAACCUUAGUACCUAACAUAAGACUAAUUAACAUUAAAAGUAAAAACAGAUUGUAUUAAGCCUAGUUUUAAGCUAAUUCUAAGUAUUUCGCAAAACGGACAGUAGACUAAGAGAAUGAACAUAAUUUGAAAAAGGCCACAUUAGAUUUAUAAGGAAAAGGCCCAUCGUAGAUGAUAAGAGGAAAUAUAAUAUUUUUCCGAUAUAAA